GGGGCGAGGAGGCGGGUCUAGUUCUAUCCUGCAACUUGCAUUGUGCUCGCUGCAGAAUCAUUUUAUUUUUAUGAAUGAAAUAAUAGCUGCAGCGUGAAGCGAAUUAGCGGAUGGUUUUGAUGAAAAGCAAGACCGAUCAUUUCUCUCUGCAGUUUCUACACCCGGCACAGCAUCUUCAUCCAAUAUUUAUAGACAGACAGGGCUUCUUAUUUUCUGCGGAAGCAUGAUUUUCCCAGUGGUUAUGCAGAUUUUCCAUCCCGCUUUUCUUUUGUUGUGCGAACGUUUUUAUGUUUUUGCUCAAUAGUGCAGCCACUCACUCAGUUACGAUGUCGACCUAUUUGUUUUUAAUUGAUACACUUCAAAUGGAUACAAUGAUCAAGGUACUUGCGAAUCCCUGAAGAAUAAGGAGCAGAAAAGGAUCUACUUCCUCAUACUUCCAUCAAAAAACGCCUACAGUUGAUGGAUAGAGAUAUGGACUACGAAAGGCCAAAUGUAGAAACAAUCAAGUGCGUGGUUGUGGGUGACAAUGCAGUUGGAAAGACCAGGCUGAUCUGUGCAAGAGCAUGUAAUGCCACCUUAACACAAUACCAGCUGCUGGCUACACAUGUACCAACAGUCUGGGCCAUCGACCAGUACCGUGUCUGCCAAGAGGUUCUGGAACGUUCCCGUGAUGUAGUUGACGAUGUCAGCGUAUCGCUGCGACUCUGGGAUACAUUUGGUGACCAUCACAAGGACCGACGGUUUGCCUAUGGCAGGUCCGAUGUGGUUGUGCUGUGUUUUUCAAUUGCCAACCCCAACUCUCUGCACCAUGUGAAAGCCAUGUGGUACCAGGAAAUUAAACACUUCUGCCCACGAGCGCCCGUCAUCUUGGUUGGUUGCCAGCUGGACCUGCGCUACACGGACUUGGAAGCCGUUAAUCGUGCACGGAGACCUCUCGCAAGGCCAAUAAAACACAAUGAAAUCUUGCCUCCCGAAAAGGGUCGCGAGGUGGCCAAAGAGCUGGGGAUCCCCUACUACGAGACCAGCGUGGUUGCACAAUUUGGCAUUAAGGACGUCUUCGAUAAUGCCAUCAGAGCUGCCUUGAUUUCCAGACGACACCUCCAAUUCUGGAAGUCGCACCUGAGAAACGUUCAGAAGCCUUUGCUGCAGGCCCCGUUCCUCCCUCCCAAACCACCUCCCCCCAUCAUCACUGUCCCCGAGCCCCCCACGACCAACGAAGAACACCCCGCCCUCCUCUUGGCCAACCCCCUCUGCGCAGAUGUCAUCCUGGUGCUUCAGGACACGGUUAAGAUCUACGCUCACAAGAUUUAUCUGUCUACCUCCUCCUCAAAGUUCUACGACUUGUUUCUGAUGGACCUCAGUGAGGAGCAAGAGGCCGGUGGUGGAACGUCGGUGAGCCACGGCGAGAGGCAGGGCAGGGAGUACUUAAUGAGAGCCGCCAGUUUUGACGUCAGUGAACGCAUGGACGAGGUGACGGCCAUCCAGCCGCUGUCAAGCCUGAGGGCGUCCACCAGUGACGGCAUCUUGAAACUCAACGCCUGCGAUGGCAGCUCGCGAGCGAGGGCUUGGUUCAAGAGAGGGAAGAUUCUCUCGUCGUGGAGCCGAGCCUUCAUCAGCAUCCAGGAAGAGAUGGCAGAAGAUCCCAUCAACUUCACCAGCCGGCGGAUGACGGUGGUGCACAUGGACUACUCCGUUCACCCGGACGCGUUCAGCGCGGUCAUGCGCUACUUGUACACGGGCCAGCUGGAUGAGCACGAGAAGGAACUGAUGCAGAUCGCCCACAUCGCCGAGCUCCUGGAGGUCUUCGACCUGCGAAUGAUGGUGGCCAAUAUCUUAAAUAACGAGGCCUUCAUGAACCAAGAGAUUACCAAAGCAUUCCACGUACGGAGAGCAAAUCGAGUGAAAGAAUGCCUUGCCAAAGGGACCUUCUCUGAUGUGGUGAUUAAGUUGGAUGAUGGAACAAUCUGUGCCAAUAAACCCUUGCUCAUCUCCAGCUGUGACUGGAUGGCUGCAAUGUUUGGAGGGCCUUUUGUGGAGAGUUCGACCAAAGAGGUGUACUUCCCAAACACAAGCAAGAGUUGUAUGCGGGCAGUUUUGGAAUAUCUGUACACGGGACAGUUCUGCUCUAGCCCGGACCUGGAUGCCAUGGAACUCAUUGUGUUGGCAAACCGCCUCUGUCUACCUCACCUGGUAGCAUUAACGGAGCAGUACACUGUUUGUGGGUUGAUUGAAGCAACACAACAGGGUGUGGACAUGGACGGAGACGUUUUACUGUUCUUGGACAUUGCGCAGUUCCAUUGUGCCCAUCAGCUGUCUGAAUGGUGCCUGCAUCACAUCUGCACAAACUACAACAAUGUCUGUCGCAAGUUUCCCAGGGAAAUGAAAGCAAAGUCUCCUGAAAACCAGGACUAUUUUGAAAAACACCGUUGGCCUCCUGUCUGGUUUCUCAAAGAAGAUGACCAUUACCAGCGAGCGCGGAGAGAGCGUGACAAGGAGGACUACUUGUGCCAGAAACGUCAGCUGAAGCACAAGUGGUUCUUCUGGAAUACGAGCUCGUCUUCUACAGCUUCAUCCUCCUCCACUGUCAUCUGAAGACGUGCGUGGAUCAAAGAACUCGCAGUGAAAAUCCAGCAUCCAGCAGUUUGAAGGCCUUCUUCCAAGUCAGCCAGACACUUAUUAGGGUUUAAUGACCAGCAACCAGACCUCCAUAGUCUGGCUAGUUCAAGGCAAUCAACGUGAGUUUUUAUUUCCUGACAGUCAGUGCUAAAUUACUCCCUCUGCCUGUUUCUUGCACGCGCACACACAGACACAGACGUGCACAUACAGACAGACACGCACACGUGCACGCACGCAUGCACACACAGACUCGCCAACACACACACAGAUGCGCACGUGCAUGCACACACACGCAUGUGCACACAGGCAACCUCACACGCGCACACACACACACACACACACACGCACGCAAGCACAUGCACCAAGGCGCAAUAUACUGGCCGGACAGAUUAGGUGACACAGAGAUUUUGUUUCUGCUUUGUAAAUCAAAUCAGACCGUGGCAAAUAGGUGAGAGAUAUUAGACUGCAAAGCAGUAACUGGUGACUUUAUUAAACCUUGUUGUUGACAUGA